ACUCGCUUUGCAGCACUGUUUCCCACGCGCUGCUGCAAUAUUCGUUAAAUAUUUUUAAGAUCGCCACGAAAUGUCCUUUCUACGCAGUGCUGCUGGUCUUGUGGCGCGAUCCAUGCUCCUAGAAGGUGCAACCACAGCAGGGCAAACACGGCGCCACAUCAAGCGAUGGGUUUCGCCGACGUUACGUGAACUCGCCCACCGGCAGAAAAAACUAGGACCUCAGAAACCGGAGGCGCGUUCUGGAUUCGUAGAGUGGAACGAACGCUCGGAGCUUUUCGCCUUUGGCAAGCGUUUAGGCGAGUCCUUCGAGCUUUCCCACCUGCAGCGGGCCUUCACAGAGAAAUCUUUCGCCCAUCGCGAGGAGGAGCGCCGUCGACAGCUGGGCAUCGAAGAGGCGGACCUUCAGAUGCCAGACAACAACGAGCUUGCUGAGAAGGGAGAGCACAUUGCGCGCGCCUACGUAGAGGCCUUUCUACAGAACCAAUUGCCAAAGGUCCCCAAAGAGGGACUUCAGGCGAUCGCCAGCUAUCUAUUAAGCACAGAAACCUUAGCCCACGUAUCCACGCAUUUGGGUACUAAGGAUCUAAUUCACUCCUCGGAAUACCCGCCUUCCGCCGAAAGUCUAGCUAAAUCUUUGAAAGCAGUGAUUGGCGCCCUAGCAGACUCCAGCGGCGUCGAGAGGGCAUUCCUCUUUGUGCGCGACUUUAUCUGCACGCAGCUAAGUCAAAAAGACCUGUUAGACGUGUGGACCCCCCAGGAUCCGCUGCAGAUGCUUAACAAGAUCUGCCAGGAGCAAAAAUUGGGCGAAGCAGAGCCACGGCUGAUCGGAGAUUGCGGCAAGAACACGGUUUUGGCUGCUUACCAAGUGGGCAUUUACGCCGAUCGCCAGCUUCUAGGUAAAGGAUUCGGUGAGGACCUAAAGACAGCCACCGAAACGGCGGCUAUCGAUGCACUUCAGAGCCUUUUCGACACCCACGACAACCGACGACCUUUCGACUUCGGUGUCCAACUAGAGAAUAAAAAUGUACGACUGGGCUGAGAAACGGAACGGGAUCUGCGUCCUGAUUGAUUAUUGUAAUUUGCACUAAACACAUGUACGCAUGCAUUGUCA